UCCUCCCUGGACACUUGUCCUCCCUGGAGUUCCUGGAGCUACGGAGAGGUGGGGAAGGGGGUGGAGAUCUUGGACCAUCACAGAAAUGCUUGGCGAGGUUUUAAAACCUUUCCUGCACCAACCAGACUGCACUCGAAAAUGUCUUUCGAGCCCCAAGGAGUUAAAAGAGUUAAACCUUGCCAAUGGACCUGAUUGGUUUUGGUUAUGCAGCCCUGGUGACGUUCGGAAGCAUUUUGGGCUAUAAGCGGAGAGGUGGUGUUCCGUCUUUGAUUGCUGGUCUUUUUGUUGGCUUUUUGGCUGGCUAUGGAGCUUACCGUGUCUCCCUUGACAAGCGAGAUGUAAAACUGUCCCUGUUUACAGCUUUCUUCCUGGCCACCAUAAUGGGGGUGAGGUUUAAGCGAUCCAAGAAAAUAAUGCCAGCUGGGCUGGUUGCAGGUUUGAGCCUCCUGAUGAUCCUGAGACUUGUCUUAUUGCUGCUCUGAGAAUCCAGAGGAACUGAAAUCUAAAUUCUCGUCAUUCUACCAUAACGGGCAAAGCCUCCUCUUUGUAUUGAAAAGAUAAAUUUCGAUAAUGAAGGUUCAACAUGGUCUUAUUUUAUGUUAGAAACUACAACAGAAACACUGUCACUUCUAAUAUGGACACUAGUUUGGUUUUUUUUUUUUUUAAGCAAAUGGUUUAACUGUUUUCUAACUGUCUGAUAUUGGUUUCAUUAAAGAUAUUUAAUAAAUCGUAAUAUCAUAUAUCUUUGAUUUGCUGUGUCAUGUUUUAUAGAUGUGACACUUUUUUUUUUUUUUUGACAGUUCCAAAUACCCAUGUCUGAAGUAAAUGUAAAUUAAACUACAACUGAUCAGAUGAUGGGACACCCUAAGUGGGCUUCACAAAAUGCUAAUGUAGCUGUUUGUCAUUUGUGUUGUUUUUUUUUUUAGGGCUGCACCCAUGGCAUAUGGAGGUUCCCAGGCUAGGGGUCAAAUCAGAGCUGUAGCUGCUGGCCUAUGUCACAGCCAUAGCGGUGCCAGAUCCGAGCCACAUCUAUGACCUACACUGCAGCUCAUGGCAACGCGGGAUACUUAACCCACUGAUCAGGGCCAGGGACCAAACCUGUAUCCUCAUGGAUACUAGCUGGGUUCAUUUCCACAAAGCUGCAGUGGAAACUCCCUAUAUGUCAUUUGUAUUAUUUUUGAAAAUUUUUUCCCAUUUUAGUUGUAUCACUGCCAAUGUUUUUUUUCCUUCAAAAAAACCUCAUCCCCAGCACACUAUGUACUUAACAGAAUGUAUUCAGUAUUCAAAUAAAAGACAUUCUUUUUUAAACCUGA